UGUCAGGCCCCGCCUAUUUUCUGCUCUCCUGGACCUUUAGGCUUGUCUCGGCCCAUUUGAAGACCAGGAAGUUGAUAAAUCUCGAGGCCCGCUGCUGAGAGACGGUGGCUCGGAUGGGACAGUCGCCAGGGAUGGCGGAGCGUGAGGAUGGAGCGGGUGUCCGGGCUGCUCUCCUGGACGCUGAGCAGAGUCCUGUGGCUCUCCGGCCUCUUUGAGCGGGGAGCUGCCCGGCAGCCCCGGAUCAUGGAAGAAAAAGCGCUAGAGGUUUAUGAUUUGAUUCGAACUAUCCGGGACCCAGAGAAGCCCAAUACUUUAGAAGAACUGGAAGUGGUAACAGAAAGUAGUGUGGAGGUUCAGGAGAUAAACGAAGAAGACUAUUUGGUUAUUAUCAGGUUCACACCAACAGUACCUCACUGCUCUUUGGCAACCCUUAUUGGGCUGUGCUUAAGAGUAAAACUUCAGCGGUGUUUACCGUUUAAACAUAAGGGCUGUGUGCUCCAGGCCUCAAUGAGGAGUCCAAACAUGGAGACAUUCAAGCAGCAGAAGGUGGAGGACUUUUAUGACAUUGGAGAGGAGCUGGGCAGCGGCCAGUUUGCCAUUGUGAAGAAGUGCCGAGAGAAAAGCACAGGGCUGGAGUACGCGGCCAAGUUCAUCAAAAAGCGGCAGAGCCGGGCCAGCCGGCGGGGCGUGUGCCGGGAGGAGAUUGAGCGGGAGGUGAGCAUCCUGCGGCAGGUGCUGCACCCCAACGUCAUCACGCUGCACGACGUCUUUGAGAACCGCACCGACGUGGUGCUCAUCCUUGAGCUAGUGUCGGGAGGAGAGCUCUUCGACUUCCUGGCCCAGAAGGAGUCGCUGAGUGAGGAGGAGGCCACCAGCUUCAUCAAGCAGAUCCUGGAGGGUGUGAACUACCUUCAUGCCAGGAAAAUCGCUCACUUUGAUCUCAAGCCAGAAAACAUUAUGUUGUUAGACAAGAAUAUUCCCAUUCCACACAUCAAGCUGAUUGACUUUGGCCUGGCUCAUGAAAUAGAAGAUGGAGUUGAAUUUAAGAACAUAUUUGGGACGCCAGAAUUUGUUGCUCCAGAAAUUGUGAACUACGAGCCCCUGGGCCUGGAGGCUGACAUGUGGAGCAUAGGCGUCAUCACGUACAUCCUCCUAAGUGGAGCAUCCCCUUUCCUGGGAGACACGAAGCAGGAAACGCUAACAAAUAUCACAGCAGUGAGUUACGACUUUGACGAGGAAUUCUUCAGCCAGACCAGUGAGCUCGCCAAGGACUUCAUUCGGAAGCUUCUGGUUAAAGACACCCGGAAACGGCUCACAAUCCAGGAGGCUCUCAGACACCCCUGGAUCACGUCCAAAGGAGAAGUCAGAGCCCCGGAACAGCAGAAGACAGAGCCCCCCCAGCUGAAGACCAAGCGCCUGAGAGAAUACACCCUCAAAUGCCAUUCGAGCAUGCCCCCCAAUAACACCUACGUCAACUUCGAGCGUUUUGCCCGUGUAGUAGAGGACGUGGCUCAGGUCGACUGGGGAUGCCGUGCCCUGGCAGGGACCCACGACACCAUCCAGGACGAUAUGGAGGCCCUGGUCUCCAUAUACAACGAGAAGGAAGCUUGGUACCGAGAGGAGAGCGAGAGCGCCCGGCAUGACCUAUCGCAGCUCAAGUACGAGUUCCGCAAAGUGGAGUCCUUGAAGAAGCUCCUGCGAGAAGACAUCCGGGCCACAGGGGCCCGUCUCGGAAGCAUGGCCAGGAAAUUGGACCAUCUGCAGGCACAGUUUGAAGCUUUAAGGCAGGCGUUCUCAGCAGACCUACAGUGGAUCCAGGAACUGGUGGGCAGCUUCCAGCUGGAGAAUAGGAACGCAGAUGGCCUGGGCUCCGUGUUCCACAGGGACGCCAGGGAGUCCCUAGUGGAGCUGCCUGACAGAUCAGCCAGCAAGGAAGUCUUGGCCGGCUUGAAGCUCUGAGUACCAGAAUCUAGUCGGUGAUGCAUCCUGGAUGAUUUGCAGAAGCGUGCUUCCGAGUGCCCUGCCAGGGCAUCAGCUAGAAUUAUCCUGCGGGGUGUGUGUCUGUAGCAGAGCUUUCCACCCCCUUCACAGAAUCCAGAACCAGGAAGGUGCUAGCUAGUUAUUCAUUCUGCACCUCCUCUCACCAACCUGUGUUUCUGGGAGGGUGGCUGGCACAGAGAGCAGCCAGGCUGUUAAAACAAUUGCGAGUGAAUACCCCUCCGCAAACCCUUCUCUGGAGGGAGAAUGGCUGACCCUGGGAAGAUGCUUGAUCAUUGAUUUGUAAUAAUGGAUUUGUUCACAUCUCACUUCCCAUCUCUGUGCCUUAGGGACUGCAGACCAAAGGGCAAUCUUUGCCUUAACUAGGGAUAACAAUAAGCCAGUGUGGUGCUUUCCUGCUACAGAAGGAGGGAUUUAAAAUGCACGGAGAAAAUAUUGCCUUUUAUUUGCACUGGCUUUUCACUUACUGAGCACUUACAUCUUUGAUCUUUUAAAGAACUCUGUGAGCAGGAAGGUGGGUGGUAUUAUUAUUGUUGUUACUAUUAUUUCCAUGUAACUGUUGAGGAAAUUGAUACAGAGAGGGAAAGUAACUUACUCAAGGUCUUUCUUAGCUGGUCGAUAUGGAUGGAACAGAAACCUAAGAAGCCUGACCCUCAGAUGAGGUCUAUGGGAAGAAAUAGUGAGACUUUGCUAUAAAUAUCCACCUUCACGUUGAAGUUCAGGUCCAGAGGUAAAGUUAGCAACUUCAUCUAAUUCAUGUAUUCUGCCAGGUAUAGGUAGAAUGCCCCAUUCCUUUAGACGAUUGUCCCAAGAAGUGGGUCCUGGAGGGUGCAGUUCGUGGGUCCUAACUAGCCCUAUCCCUGUCUGAAGAUCAGCUUGCAGAGCAGGAGGCAAGGGGGCAGCAUCUCCCCCUUUCCCCCCUCUACCCCUUCUGGCUAAAGUCCCCAACCUUGUGUUAGGACUAAAGACCAAAAGGAACUCGACAAGAAGGUCCCUUUUCUUAUGUACCUAGGGCACUGGGGCCCUGAAAGGGCUGAGAAACUCUGAGAGUUUAAGACUGGGAAGCACAGGGCGCCUGGGUGGCUCAGUUGGUUAAGCGACUGCCUUCGGCUCAGGUCAUGAUCCUGGAGUCCCGGGAUCGAGUCCCGCAUCGGGCUCCCUGCUCGGCGGGGAGUCUGCUUCUCCCUCUGACCCUCUUCCCUCUCUUGCUAUCUGUCUCUCAUUCUCUCUCUCUCAAAUAAAUAAAUAAAAAUCUUUAAAAAAAAAAAAAAAGAAGACUGGGAAGCACAGGCUCAGUGGUCCCCACCUGACGCCAAGCUUUGAGCACACCUCCCUGAGGACUGUGUGAGGUCAUCUCCCCGGAGGGGCCAGUCAGCCAGCUCAUAUGGGCAGAGCGUGGUGGAGUGUGGGCCCAGCACUAGGCUAGAAGCUUGGGGUGAGGGACCAGAUGGUAUCAUUUCAAAGUGACUUCACAGACUCACAAAACACCCUUGUCUGAUAGGCAGGGUAGGUGUUAUUCCCAGUUUGGAGAUGUGGAAACAGAGAGGUUGUGAUUUGCCCAAGGCCACGGUCGUGGUAAAAGUGGCGCCCUUCUGAUGAUACGUCUGUUGCUCUUUCUUGCUUCCCCUAACUGCCUCAGCUCCAGGAGUUUACUCUCUGCUUACAGGGCAGAGAUACCCAGACUCACCCAUCCAUCUAUUGACAAAUAAUGUUUGAGCACCUGCCAACUGCCGGGCGGUCGGGUUGGCACUGGGGAUACAAUGUUGAGUGAAAACAGGCUUGUUUCCUGCCUUCAUGGAGUUCACAGUCAGGAAAAGGAUUCCAACAUUAAUCUAGAACAUUCUACAAGUACAGAAGUGUAGGUGGAACACAUGCUAUGGAAGAGAAGUGUGUAGCUGGCAGCAGGGGUUUGAUCUAGUCGGGGAAGGCUUCCCUGAGGUGGUGAUGCUGGAAGCGAGGUCCGCAAAGCAAACCAGGGAGAAAGAAGUGUUCCCGACAGAGCUGUCAGGGCUAGGGCUUGGUGGUGGAGGGGGCACGGAAGCUGGAAGGGAGAGGAUAAGGUGGGUAUAUGGUGUAGAUGUGUCUGGAGAGGAGGCAUGACCAGUGGUACUUUGCCAUAUUAAAGAGCUCUGCCUUCAUCCCAAGAAUCAUGGGGAGCCAUGAUGGAUCCCAGGCUAGUCAGCUGCCUGCGCUGCUGGGCAGGGGAGGGCAUGGCCAGUGAGCAGCACAGACGGCAAGUGGUUUGGGACAAGACAUGAGAUUUUGACCCCAUGCAAACCUACCUCCUUUUCCAUUAUCCUGCCAGAUCAUCUCAAAUAUCAUACAUAAUAUUUGUAACAGAAACGGUUUCUAUCAAAUGUAAGAAACCAUAUUUUCAUCAAAUAUAUGAUGCAUUGUUAUUUCAGAUACCAAAAAUAAGAAAGAAAAAAGCCAAGUGAGGUAGGAGACUGCCUCCCCUCCCCCCACCCCAAAGCUGAGACACCUUCACUGAGAAGGCAACCAAGAAAUAAAGCCAUCGUGCAAAAAAGGGAAAGCAAGGAAACGUGUGUUUCUUCCUUAAUGCUAGAUGGAGGAAUGAAAAAUCCUCCCCUGGGAAGAGGAGCCCCAGGUGGGUGGUAAUCACGCAGGUGUGCUUUCUGUAUUUGCCCAAUCCGUGUGAUCCGAAUGAACCUUCAAGCAGAGAAUCUAAUGUCACACGGUCUGAGGUUGGGUGGCCCCCAAUGUCCGACAGAAGCAGUGUGGUCAUCUCCUGGAGCACCUGUCUUCACUUCAGACCCACUGUAAUGAUAUGAUGCCGUUUGUUAGAAGAGAAGUCCUGAUUUCAGAGAUCCAAAAGUGUGUGCAUUUGGAAUCGGAAAUGGAAGAUAGCGAAGCCCUGUUUCCUGUGCCCUGCCUGGGAGACUGGCUACAAGUGACCUGUCUCCAGUCUCUCCAAGAACUUACUCGCCCUUUGGCCAUGUCAGUAGACCUUGAGCUCAUACAACCAGAUCUCCUAAAGAAAGGAAGCCCCCAGCUGAGUAACUCAGGUUAAACUUUCUUGUGAAGCUCGAGAUAAAAGGCACUACAGGAGUAAGACGGUGCUGACUUGAAUUAAGGACACUGGGAACAGGGAGGGGAAAGCGGUUAGUCCAGAAUCAUGGCACUGGCCACUCACCGUUCGUGCUGGGAGGUACUGAGAGGCGAACCACCAGACACUCUCGUUUUACAGCAUUUGACAGGACAAGACCCGGCUGGAGUCAUGCAGCUGGUCAUCCCCAGAGCUGGGGUCAGAACCAUAAGUGGUUUUCCUCCCAGUCGAGGAAUCAUCCUUUCUGUGUUCAUGUCCUGUCAUUGGUAACUAUUUAUUAUUUAGAUGUUUUCUAAGCAGACCCUUUUCUGUACCUAAGAGCUUCUGAACACAAAUGAACUGAGAAGUGCCCCCAGGUCUUUCAGGGAAAUUAGAGGAGGCUGUGACCUUCCUCUGUCACUUGGCCGGUCCAACUCCUGUCACCCUUUGGCAUCAGAACUUGAUGCCAAGGGGAGAGCCCAAGGAGGCCUGUGGAACGCCCAGCUGGAGGAUCCGCUGGAUUCCCCGCCACAUGCGCAUAGCUGGUGUCGUAACCGUGGAGUCAAGGGCAGGGCGGGGCUGACAGUGGCCAGAUGGGGUGUCAGGAGGGGAAUGUUUCACUGGUACCUAGAGGGAGGAAGGCCUGGGGGGCGCUGCCAGGCCACAUCAGCCACAAAGGAAGAGUUUUCAUUCACCACGUAUCGAGAGGUUGGCGUCUGCUCUGUGCAAAUGCCACCCUGGGCUGUCGGGGAGGCUGAGCGUGUGACAUCUUCCUGAUUACGGAUUCCCAAGGAAGAUGGAGAGUCAGCAUCUGGGAAAGGCAGCAGCCUGUCCCCCCUCUGAGGCAGAUGCACAUGGCAUGUGAUAGCUCAGCUUUGCGGGAGGAAAGGUGGAGAGAGCCUGGUAACCGGUGAGGGGGCCGGCAGUGAAGGGACGGGGCAGAGUGAUAAUGGCAGGAGAAGUCAGUCUCCCCCGCGAGCCCUCUCCCCGCACUGCCCACCCUCCCCCACAGGUGAUCGUGAAGAUGGCGGCCCCCCACCUCGCUCUGACAGGCAGGGCACCCAGCCCGUGUGGGAGGUGGCUGUGUGCCCAGCCACCAACCCCACUGUCAGCCUCUGGAAAGGUCUGUGGCACUGAAUGGCCUUUUCUCCUUUGUCUGUGAAACUCUUGGCCUGUGGAGAAGAUUCUUUGCCCUGUAGAGGAGACCCAGCAGUGGGCAUAUUUGAGGAGCAGAAGGGACCAGUUCAUUUGGACAAACACUGAUUGUGCUCUGGCUCUGAAGGGAGGUGACAGAUAAGGACAAGACAACCCCUGAAUAAAAGACUCAGUGUCUGCGACAGAUGGGAACCACCCCCUGCCCCUGAACUGGGAGAUGGGAAAGGCCAUGCUGAGUGAUAAAAUAGAGAUACCCAAUAUUCCAAAAAACGAGAGAGAUCAAUUUGGACUGAGAAAGGGUCAGAGGGUCAGCAGGGGGCAGAAACGUUCUCAGGGAGGGUCCCCCCCUCCAACACCUCCUUCCCAAGCUGUAGCCUGAGAAGGUACCAUGUAGAAUUUGGAGGGGUGGGCAUGAGCCCAGAUUAGGGCCAGGAGCCUGGACCUGUUAAACGGAGAUAAAAGAGGAGCUUUACAGGAAUUUAGGGGGUGUUUUCGCUUUGAACUUUUUGUUGUGGGAAAUUUUCACACAUACCCAGAAGGGUAUAGUGAAUUCCAUAUGCCUCUUACCCAGCUGCAGCAGUGAGCAAGUUAUGGCCCAUAAUCUCACAUGCACCUGCACCACCGCUGUUUCCGGAGUAUUUUAAAGCAAACUUUAGACUUAUUUCACUCAUAAAUUCUUCAGCAUGUAUUUCUAAGCACUUUAUUUUUAAUACUACUCCUGUACCAUCAUCACACCUGACAAAACCAAGAAUCAUUCCUUAAUAUCAUGUGGAUACAUAUUCCAUACUCCCGUGUCUCCACUUUUCUCCAGGUUGUCCUGUUGGGGGUGGUUUGUUCAAAUCAGGAUCUAAACACAGUCCAUGCGUGGCAUUUGGUUGUGACGUCUCUCAGGUCUCCUGUCUUCCAUACCGGUACAUGAGGGAGAGCUUUGGAAACUUUUCCUGGGGACAAAAAAUUGCUCAGAAAACUGAAGGUCCUGGAAAGAGGAUUAAAAGUGCAGAGACCUAACUCAGGAAAGUGAGACCAGGUCAGGCAAGGAAAGGGGGCAUCCCACUCCUUUCCAUUGCCUUCUUCUAUGUGCAGGACGACCUGCAGAGACGCAGUCUCUCCACAGAUCUCCCCACCCAUGUAUAAGGAGGCAGACACUCAGGUCCUCAUAAGCCUCAUGUGCUCCUUUCCUGGGAAGACUGGGAAGUGAAGCCAUCAAAAGGGAGAGUUGGAGGUGCCACCUAUAGAGAGACUGGAUUAAGGGAGAUUGGUGGGGCUGGAGACAGACAGACCCAGGCUGGAGAUGGAAGUGGGUGCUCAGGUGUCCCUGACUUUCCAUGGAGGGUGGGGCUGGAGAAAUGGCACAGAUGGAGAUUUGAAAAGUUGCAAUCUGUUUGCCGUUUCUAGAGGAGGCCUGGUAUUGAGAGAAAAUCUGGAGUGCCUCUUCUUGUAAAGAGAGUUCCUUUUUUGUGCCCGGGGGGUAGCUGCUGUUCCAACUCUCUGCUCUCUGGGCGUCGGUGCUGACCCAGCACACCCUGCUGGACUUUGUCAAGGCCGUUUGCAUCUCCAUAAAAAAAACCUGACUUCAGCCACAGCGUUCUGUCUUCUUGCCUCCUUUCCCGACAUUUUUCCGAGACACUAAACGUGCUCCUGGGAGCCUGGUCAGAAUUGCCCAUACUCUGGCCAAAGGACCUCAGGUUGGAAGGUGGGUACUGUGUGUUUGCAGAGAGGGGAGGGCCAAGAAAAGGCAGAACGCAGCCCCAUCCCCCUGACACCCCUAAUUUAGUCAAAAGUGUUGUUCCUUCUGGGAACAAAUUUCACUGCAGAAUUUAUGUCUCUGACUUCCAAGGAUUAGAUGGUGGUGUCAGCAAGUGGUGAGCCUCUUGGCAACCGAGGAGACCCAUUGAUUAGGAAAGGCCAGCCUGACAGAUUUAUGCCUGGGUGGCCCCCUUCUCAGAGUUCAUGCUGUUUUGUGUAGCACAUAGACAGGGCCCUAGAAGCAAUUGCAUCACCUCCCAUUAAUGGCUUCUGGGAAUGGUCUCCCCUCAUAUUUUAGUUGGGCCCCUCUGCUCCAUGGCUGGUACUGCUGGACCAGUUGGAAGGUAGGAUUCUUAUUAAUGGGAUUCCCCUAACUGCGUGUUGACUUUCCAGCCAUGGGGUUCGGGCCUCUCUCUUCUGGCAAGAGUGCCAAUCAGUAAGUGGAUAAAAAGAGGUCCCUUCCCUCCCAGCGUCUGCUGAUCCCACCUCAUCAAACUCUCCAAGUGAAGUGCAAGUGUCCCCUGCAGGGCUUAGGCUCCAAAGUGAAUGCAGACAUCAGUGAGGUUAGAGGUAGAAAUGUUCUGUGGGUUGGGGAGGCAGGAAAUCACCCUGGGAAGGAGACACUAGUUGCUGGGAGGUGCGGGAGAGGGAGAGUAACAAAAAACAAAUACAGAAUAGAAUGUCAGGUAGUGAUACCUGUCAUGAAGAAGUAGGGUGCAGGCACAGUGCAUUGUAUGGGGCAGUUGGGGUGCUAUUUUAUAUAGAGAAGUCGAGGAAGGCUUCCUGAGGAAGUGACAUUUGAGCAAAGACUGAACAAAGUGACAAAGUGAAUAUAUGAAGGAGCAAGAGCAAAGACCCUGAGAUUUUGGGUUCCUGAGCCAGCAAGCAGACUGUAGGAGCCACAGUGACAGAAAGGAGAGAGGGAAGAGGACAUCAGGGUGGAGCAGGACCCAGAUGGUACAGGCCUUGGGGGGCUUGGUGAGCUUGUUGUGUUCCAUCAAGGGUGCCGGGAAGCUGCUGGAAGGCUUUGAUACCAGUUAAAGUCAGGCUCUGCCCUCUUUUGUGUCUCGCCUCGGGUGAGACCUAGACCCAGGGCUGGGCUUGCCGGUGUGACAGAGGAGGUGAGAGGCGGUGAAGGAAAGAGCUAGGAGAGCUUAGCUGGAUGGUCCCCUCAGCGGCCUCAUCCUCUUCUCUUCCCUCUCUGUCUUCCUCCUUCCCCCUCCCCUCAUUCCCCCUCAGUCUCUGGCCCAAAGAGUGUUUUAGUUUGGGAGAGUGAAGAGCCCCUGGCUUUCUCACCCCCCCUCCAAUGUCGAGGGUAUGUGCACUUUCCUCCCUGCUCCCUGACCCCCACAGAGCUCUGUUGACUCCCAGGCAGAGCCCUGGGGAGCCAUGGUGUCACGGCUGCUGAUCCAGAAGCCCGGGCCUGUCAUUGGCAGGAGUGAGCAGGUCCCGGGUCCGAGGAUUUCAUUCCAGUGUGUCUCUUCAGCAACUCGGGGAAACUAACGUUAUAGCUGUUAAGCACCCACCGGUGUCUGCUCUGGGUGGGGAGGAGGUGGGGCAGAGGACACUGACAAAACCCUGAAGAGAAUUCCUUCUGUGUCCUCAAGUUGUUUUUCACUAGUGAGACGGCCCCACUGCAGAGCUGGCCGAGGUUGGUGAGAAAUACUGAGGGAGCUCCCCUGUGUUUCGGUCCUGGCAGGGAGAGAGUCACUGCCUUUCGGAAGCUGUCUUGGAGAACGUCAUGUUUGACCUGGGCUUUGAAACAGAGGGGCCUUCCGGGAGCACAGGGGCUGGGGUGGGCAUGGAAAGUGCGCCUCCUGCCGGGAGGUUUUAGGUCCCCAGCAGUGUGGGCCAGCCCUAUGUGCCAAGCGCCAUGAGGAAAAACCAGCAAGAACGGAGGAGGGCUCCAGGCGCAGAGGGGAGACAAGCCCAGCGCUCAGGAACCCACAAGCGACGUCGCUCAGCAUUCACUGAGGAGCCAAAUGAGGCAUUGCUGUGAGGAGGCUGUGAGAGCAGGGAGAAAAAUCAAGCUGGGUGGGCCCGUAUGGGUCAUCCCUGGCAGUUCGUUUUCUUGAGGUCAGAGUUCUCUGAGAAUGGAUGAAAUCUAUCAGCUCUCUUUGGAAGAAAUGUAUAUGUGUGCACACGCAUUAAAUUAAAUUUUUUAUUGAGAUCUAAAUCACACACCAUAAAAUUCCCCAUUUAAAAGAAUACAGUUCAGUAGUCUUUAGUAUCUUCCCAAGGUUGUGCAAUAAUCACCACCAUCUAACUCCGGGACAUUUUGUUUUUGUUUUGUUUUGUUUUGUUUUAAGUACUUUUUUUUUUUUUUUAAGAUUUUAUUUAUUUAUUUGUGAGA